AUGUCGUCGAAGAAAGUGAAAACAACAAACGACGCCAGUAGCAGCCACGGCGGCGGAAGCGGCGGAGAAAGCGUGAUCGCUGAUCAUGGCCGUCGCAGAAGUACUUGCGGCUACUGUAAAUCCUCGGCGCGAUCCAGUAUCUCUCACGGUUUAUCAGCAGAGACUCUUACCGUUAGUGACUACCAAGCUCUUAUUGACCGAGGUUGGAGACGAUCUGGUUGUUAUCUUUACAAACAUGAGAUGGAUAAAACGUGCUGCCCUCCUUAUACGAUCCGUUUGAAAGCAAGUGAUUUUGUUCCUUCUAAAGAGCAGCAGCGAGUGUCUAGGAGACUCGAAAGGUUCUUGGAUGGCAAACUAGAUGUGCAGCCCCGGGAACAAACAGAGCAUACACGUGCUUCUUCCUCUGGUGAAGUUUUAGAUUCAGGGAGAAAAACACUUGGAACUGCUACAAGUGAAGAAAAGAAUAAAGUUGAACCAAUCAUGGAUGAUUUGUCUAAGAAAAUUGAUCAGGCUGUGCAAAGAUGUAUGCAGAGUGGGGGAUUCCCUUCUAAUAUGCAGAUACCCAAAGCUGCAGUGAAGAAGGUGUUCUGCGCUAAAAGGAAGAAACUAGCGGAGGGACCAGAACAACUCUUAUACACCAGCAACAUUGCUUUUCCGAUAGCAGCUGCUAUAAAACGCACCCAGACAUCUGAGAAAGGGGAGAUAAACAAUGCAGAAAAUAACAGAUUAUCACCUGAAACUAUUUCGGAAAUGUUGUUAAGUGAAUUGAGUAAGGUGGGGGAAACUCUUGAUUUGUCUAUAAAGGUCUGCAAGGGCCAUAUAAAUUUCCGUUCAGCUUCCAAAGAUUCUUUCUCUGAUACAGAUGUUGUUCCUAAUGGUAACAUCUCGAGAGGAGCCAAUUCUACAGGCGAAGCCGCUAAGAAGGAUUCAGAAAACCACAAGGCAAGAAAGCUAAAGCUGGAGAUGAAUUUGAAAAGGUCUAGUUUUGAUCCUGAAGAACAUGCGUUAUACAAACGGUAUCAGCUGAGAGUGCACAAUGAUAAGCCAGGGCACGUAGUAGAGAGUUCAUACAGAAGGUUUCUGGUCGACUCUCCUUUAAUAUAUGUUCAGCCUUCAGGUGAUGAAAACGUUCCGCCUUGUGGCUUCGGAUCUUUCCACCAGCAAUACCGAGUUGAUGGCCGUCUAAUUGCUGUCGGGGUUGUAGAUAUCCUUCCGAAAUGUUUGUCAAGUGUGUACUUAUUCUGGGAUCCAGACUAUGCAUUCUUAUCGCUGGGGAAAUAUUCUGCCAUGCAAGAAAUUAAUUGGGUGAGAGAAAACCAAGCUCAUUGCCCUUCUCUUCAGUAUUACUAUCUUGGCUAUUAUAUACAUUCCUGCAGCAAGAUGAGAUAUAAAGCAGCAUAUCGUCCAUCUGAGCUUCUAUGCCCUCUCCGUUUCCAGUGGGUUCCAUUUGAAGUAGCUAGUCCGAGGCUUGAUAAAAAGUCAUAUGUCAUCUUGUCCGAGAUCGCCAAUUCGCAGAACCAAUGUUCUUUACUACCUCAUGCUUCUGAAACUCUCGCGGAACCUAUAACAAGUGAACAUGAAGAUAUGGAACUAGGGGAGACCAAUGAUCAUUAUAUGGGCAGCAGUGAUGAUGACGAUGAUGAGGAGGUGGAUGAAGAUGAAGAUGAUGAUGAUGACGAAAUGUAUGAAGUUGAAUCAGAAGACCCUGAAUCCGAAGAUAACGACAUUAACAAUAUCCUUAUCGGUCUUUAUGGAUCCCAGUACAGAUACAAGGAUCUACGGAAGAUGAUGAAUCCCGUAGGCCGGAAGCAACUGGAACCGAUGUUAAAAAGCUACCGCAAGGUCGUGGGAGAGGAGCUUUCAGAGAGAAUGGUUUAUGAAAUCAGGUAA